AUGGAUAAAAAGAUAGUGCGCAAAGGGCCGCUGCCUGGGGGUCGCCGGGGCGCGUCUGGAGCUGGCGCUGGACGCGGCAGCAUGCGGGCCGCCAGCCGAGCGCGAGGAGCUGCACGGUCACCUACCAGCCCUCCGCAUCCAUCAUCCCCACCAGAAGGCUUGGUGUCGGCUGGGUCUUCUCGGACUCAGCAAGCGGCACCCGCCGCUGGUGGAGCACGUCGCAUGCGUUGGUCACAAGAAAUGAAUGCAAACGCACUGCGGGCGUACUUUAGGGCAAAAGGGGAAGAAACUGGAUGUUUGGCGUAUCGGACUAGGAUGCAUCGUCUUUUUGCUGAGCUGGAGCCAUCUUUAACCGUCACAGAGCAAAACCUGGCAGACCGAGUUCGGUAUAUCUUGCGCUCAAAUAUAUUUGAUGUCGCCGAACUCGAACGGCUACGACGUGAGGCUGUUCCCUCGUCGGAUGAGAAUGCUACGGCUGAGGAUGCGGCGCCACAAAUGGUAGAGCAACCCGCAAACGUGGAUGUCGCCGUGAAUACCCCAGUUGUGGUUGAUUCAAACGAUGAUGGAACAGUCGCCCAGGAACUGGAAUUAGAGCAUAUGAGGAGUAUAUUGGAAGAGGCGAUUGUGGAAACGCGCAGUACGCCUCUCGAAAAUCGACCGCGACUUCCCCGCAUAGCCCUAAGCAAGCGGAAUCGGGCUGUCGUGAGGGCUCUGAACCCAAAGCUGGUUACCUAUUUGGAAGCCAGCCGGGACCUUUGCGAGACGCACUCAAUUCUUUUUGGCGCCGCGCUGGCAGUCUGCCGUAUCAUAGGCGCCAAGGUUUCCACGGCUGGACGCGCUACUGGCCAUAGUAGCGCUAUCCCAGCAUGGAGAAGAAGAAUUGAGGAACGUAUCGCAAAGGCUAGAGCUCUCAUCGGCAGACUGAUAUGCUUCAGAUCAGGCAACAACAGGCCAAGAAUUGUGCGCACCGUCAGGAUGGCGUUUGCUGGGACAAAUGUCAGUUUGUCCCAGCCGGAUAUAACGCAAAAACUGACGGAGCGCAUAGAUGAUCUGAAGCAGAGAAUCGCUGCUUGGGGAAAGCGGAUUCGGCGAUAUACCGAGAGGUCGACACGGUUCAACCAGAAUCGUCUCUUCCAGAGUGAUCAGAAGAGGCUCUAUGAAUCAUUGGAGCGACCAAUGGUAAGUGGAACGGGUCCAGCACCGAAUCAGGCCGACACUGUAGCAUUCUGGCGCGGCCUGUGGUCAGAGCCCGUAAACCAUAGCGAGGGCCCUUGGACGGAAGUUGUGGCGAGUCAGUGUGCGGGUAUUACGCUCAUGGACCCCGUCAUCAUAACGCCGGAUGACGUAGCUGAGGCGGUCCGUAGGGCCCCGAACUGGAAAAGUCCGGGGCUUGACGGGCUGCAUCACUACUGGCUGAAGGGGUUCAUGGUGUGUCACUCUGUGCUCGCCCGACAGUUUCAAGAGGCUCUCAACCAGAAGUCGCUCCCAAGCCUCUUCACUACUGGGAUCACUCAUUUGGUUCCUAAAGACCAGGUUAUGGAUCGAAUAACAUUCAAAGUCAACGGUGCUGUAUGUACAGUUGGAUGUGAGGUGAGCACAGAUGUUACACUACUGGAUUAUCUGCGUAGCUACCUUCGUUUAACCGGCACCAAGUAUAUGUGUCGUGAAGCUGGUUGCGGAGCCUGCAUCAUCACAGCUGUUCAAAACAAGGAUACCGCCCCCACUGCAGUAAAUUCAUGCAUGGUGCUCGUAACAUCGUGUCAUGGUUGGGAUAUAACGACUGUAGAAGGAAUUGGAAAUCGCCUUACUGGAUAUAAUAAAAUACAGACUACACUCGCGGAAUACAAUGGAACUCAAUGUGGUUACUGCACCCCGGGAUGGGUCAUGGCAAUGCACAGUUUACUUCAAAGCAAAAAAAAUCUUACUAUGCUUGAGAUUGAACAAUCGUUUGGCAGUAAUAUCUGCCGAUGUACAGGAUAUAGACCAAUCCUAGAUGCUUUUAAAAAGUUUGCCGUGGACGCUCCUGACUCUGAUAGAAUAACUGAUAUAGAAGAUCUACAUAUAUGUAAGGGUAAAGAUGGAGGAUGCAAGAAAAAUAACUGCGAGGACUAUGAUUGGUGUAUGGUGUUAAAAGAAGAAGUUGAACAAUUGCCAAUCAUAUACAUCAGGUUAAUAGAUGGUAGAGAUUGGUACAAAGUAUUUGAUUUGAGGAACGUAUUUGAUAUAUUACAAGCUAGGGGUGAUGACUCAUAUAUGUUAGUUGCUGGUAAUACAGCUAAAGGAGUCUAUCCAAUGGACAAAUAUCCUCGAGUAUUGAUUGAUAUCACAGGAAUAUCUGAAUUAAAGGGCUUCUUGUUAGACCAAAACUUGAUUCUUCGUGCUGGAACAACUCUUUCUGAAGCUCUAAAUAUAUUUAAAUUGUUGUGUGCGGAAAAUUACUAUUUUAAAUAUUUAGAAAAAUUCUACAACCACAUAAAAAUGGUAGCUCAUAUUGCCGUAAGAAAUAUAGGGACAAUUGCUGGGAACCUAAUGAUAUAA